GUUGAUCAACCACCUCCGCCACCUCAGCUAAACAAGUCAGUCUUUACUUUCGCCUUCUAGUGAAAAGUGCAAGAGAUAUAAAAGUUCGUUUUAAGAUAAACAACAUCCAGUUUUAAUAAUACAGUAUACAUUGUUGCAUGUCAUAGAACCACUAUGGCACAGCUUAGUAUCCUCAAAGAAAACCUCACCAAGUGUGGUCAGGAACAUCUACUGAAAUAUUGGAACGAUUUCAGCGAAGAUGAAAAGUGCCUACUAGCAAAAGAUAUAGCGGAAGUUGAUUUGGAGGAAGUCAACGAAUUUUUCAAAUGUGCUACAUUGUCGCUGGAGGAUGGCAGCACAAAAUUGGACGAUAAAAUGGAACCGAUACAUGACGAUAACCUUUUUUCCGUUAUCAGAGAAGAUAAAGACCAAGUGAAUUUAUACCGGCAAGCGGGGUUGAACCAGAUUGCUAACGGAACAGUCGGUGUUCUACUGAUGGCCGGUGGCCAAGGCACCCGGCUCGGAUUCGCACACCCAAAAGGAAUGUACAAUGUAGGACUGCCCUCGAACAAGUCACUAUUUCGAAUCCAAGCUGAAAGAAUAAUUAAACUGCAAAAUCUAGCCAAUGAGUCAUAUGGCAAAAGUGGCCACAUCAUAUGGUAUAUCAUGACAAGCGAACACACCAUGGAACCAACUAAAAAAUACUUCGAGCAGAACAACUAUUUCGGACUGCCAGCGAAUAACAUCGUUAUGUUCGAGCAGGGCAGUCUGCCCUGUUUUGACUUCAACGGUAAAAUACUGCUGGAUAAAAAACAUCGCAUCGCCAAAGCCCCCGAUGGCAAUGGGGGACUGUACCGUGCGCUGCGCGAGCGCGGUAUUCUUGAUGAUAUGGAGCGACGUGGUGUGCUCUACUUGCAUGCUCACAGUGUUGAUAACAUACUGAUAAAGGUUGCCGAUCCCGUUUUUAUUGGUUACUGUAUAGCACGCAAAGCAGAUUGCGCAGCUAAAGUGGUGGAAAAAUCUCACCCGAACGAAGCGGUCGGUGUGGUUUGCCAAGUAGAGGGCAAACAUCAGGUCGUUGAGUACAGUGAAAUUACGGAAAAAACUGCCGAACUAAGAAAACCUGACGGCCGGUUGGUUUUCAGUGCUGGCAAUAUUUGUAAUCAUUUUUUUACGGCCGCGUUCUUGCGCAAAGUUGGCUCUACAUUUGAGCGAAAACUAAAGUUGCAUGUGGCUAAGAAAAAGAUUCCUUUCGUAGAUUCUACGGGAGCUCGUGUUAGUCCCGAAACUCCAAAUGGAAUUAAGAUAGAAAAGUUCGUUUUUGAUGUAUUCGAAUUCGCAGAACAGUUCAUUGCAUUUGAAGUGGCCCGAGAUGAAGAGUUCAGUGCCCUUAAAAAUAUGGACAGCGCUGGAAAAGAUUGUGCAUCUACAGCGAGGGAAGAUAUUUAUAAGUUGCAUAAGAAGUAUGUGCAGGCCGCUGGCGGUACGGUAGAAGGUUCAGUUUGUGAAAUUUCACCAUUGUUGUCCUACGCAGGAGAGGGGAUUCAAAAGUUAGUGCAAGGAAAAACACUAUCCAGUCCAGUCCACUUGAGAGCACCCGAAGAGAAUGACGAAAACUGAGACAUUUAACCAGAUAUGCAAAUUAAUCGCAUUUUUAAGAGUAUUUCUAUUCAAUUGAUAGGAGGCAGAACUAAAUUGAACUGUGUGCCCCAGGCGUUAGCAAGUAUAUAUAACAAAGAGACAAUGAAAAAGCGAAAGUUUGGUGCGACGGAGUUGCAUGACUGGUUUUAAAGAAUGUAGCUUGACAUAUAAACCUACAGCUAACCUUGAACAUAAUAAUCACAAAAACGAAUAGUACAUAGGCUGCGAUGUUUUAUUUCAAAUAGAAAAACUAUUUCUGUGUUAUUUUAUAUGAAUAUUAUUGUGAAUAAUCUACAUUAUAUUUUUAUUUAUGAAUAAAGUUUUCUCUGAUUUCGUUCUA